AUGACUCGAUGGUAUCCUCCGCUAUCCUGGGCGGGCCGGCCAGUAUCCCUGGCGCUGGACAGCGCCAAGCGACUGAGGCACGCGGUUCUGCACUCGGCGGGGCACGCGGUCGACAAGGCCGUCGCGGGCGCGGUGGGCGCGGGCGUGUUCUCGCCGCUCAAGGGCUACCACUUCGACGACUCACCCUACGUGGAGUACCGAGGAACCUUGCCGGCAGGCCUGGAGAAGGAUGCCUUCAUCGAGAAGUGUAACAGCGAGCUCGACAAGCUGGUGGUGGCGAAUAUGGAGACUGUGGUCAAGAUGGCGGAUCAGGUGCGUGCGUGGGGCCCAGGGGCCGGUGAGCGAGGGGGGCGGGGGGCGGCAUAGCGGGGAGCAUCCUCCACGACGGGUCGUCGAGUCUCGUGUGUGGUGCGGCCCCUUUUCGGGGGAAGGCAUUGGCCGAACUAGCGGCGGAUGCACACAGUACAGCUAGUAGUCCAAAGAGUGGGGGCGCUAGUGCUUCGGACACUGUAUCCCACCGGAUAACGGACUACAAAAGGUUGUUCUUUCGAAGUGGGUUUUUUAGCAUUGACCGUACAUUUCUCAUUUUUGGGUACCCUCCCCCCCAUACUUCGUGAGCUCGGCAACCAGGUUACCGUUUUUUUUUCCUCCCCCCCGGUGUUUGCCACAUGUCGGGCACAUAGACGCUUUGAGUGAGGAAAGACACAAACUGAAACCUCACAGGUGAUUUGUAUUGGAGAUUGCGAGACACCUAGACGUGUUGAGUGGGGAUAGCUGCAUACUGAAACCUCACAGAUGGAUUGGUUUUUGAGUUUGCCAGACACAUAGACGCGCUGCGUGGGGAUAGCUACAUACUGA